AUGACGUGUGUUGGGUCCGAGGUGGUGACGUCACUUCUGGUCCCGCCACUGGAAGAGGAGAGGACCAGCAUGGAGGGUUACAUCACUGAAUAUAUCACCCCCUCCGUCUACGACGGGGACAGCGAUGGCGCCAUCAAAGUCCCCUCUCCAGACACACUUUAUACGGCAGUGCACAGUGAAUAUGGAGCUCCUGACUCAGAACCACCAGACAGCCCACGCUCAGAGAUCACCGAGGGCUACAUCAAUGGAGACGCAGCAGUCAGCGACGGUUACUCCGUGGAUGCCUUCUUCAUCACAGACGGCCGGUCGCGUCGCAAGGUUUUGGCCGCAGGCCGUGCCAUACAGAGGCACAGCUGUAGCGAGUGCGGGAAGAGUUACGCCACGUCUUCCAAUCUAAGCAGGCACAAGCAGACUCACCGCAGUCUGGAUAGCAAGCUUGCCAAGAAGUGCCCCACCUGUGGCAAAGUAUACGUGUCCAUGCCGGCCAUGGCCAUGCAUCUCCUCACCCAUGACCUCAAGCACAAGUGCGACACGUGCGGCAAAGCCUUCAGCCGACCGUGGCUCCUCCAGGGCCAUAUGAGAUCCCACACCGGGGAGAAGCCCUUCGGCUGCGCCCAUUGUGGGAAAGCCUUCGCCGACCGCUCCAACCUCCGCGCGCACAUGCAGACGCACUCCGCCUUCAAACACUACAAGUGCAAACGAUGCAGCAAGACCUUCGCGCUCAAGUCAUAUCUCAACAAACACUACGAGUCGGCCUGCUUCAAGGGGGCCGUGCCUCCGCUCAGCCCAAUGGAAGAUUGAGGGCGGUACCGUCAUCACCAUCCCGCACUUGUUA